AUUGAUAUUAACUAAUUAUUAAUUUAUAUGGAUCUUAUUUAAUUAGAGGCCGAUUUGUUUGGAAAAAUAUAAAUAAUUCUCCUCCCAAAGCAGGCGGAGAAAGCAACAGUAGUGUGAGUAGUGUGUGUGGAGUAUAGCUGCAGUGAAGAUGGAGUUACUACUGAUCCAGAAAAAAAAGAUGGAGUUAUUGGGAUGGUGGCUGAUGCUGGUGGGCACGCUUCGAUUAGCAUCCGUUUGGUUCGGAUUCUUCGACAUUUGGGCUCUUCGUCUCGCGGUUUUCUCCCAAACCACCAUGAGUGAAGUUCACGGACGGACAUUUGGAGUUUGGACGCUUUUGACUUGCACCCUUUGCUUUCUUUGCGCACUAAACCUCGAGAACAAGCCUUUAUAUUUGGCUACUUUCCUAUCUUUUAUCUAUGCUUUGGGCCAUUUCUUGACCGAGUAUCUGAUUUAUCACACCAUGACAAUUGGAAACCUAGCAACAGUUGGAUUUUUUGCAGGCACAUCCAUCGUAUGGAUGUUGUUGCAGUGGAAUUCACAUCAACCAAUCAAGACUAAAAAUGCCUAAAUGAUCUCAACCACUGGCUGUUCGUUGAAGCAGAAGGAACUUCGAACUUUUAUUUGUGUCAUCACUAUCUUAUUCUUGAUUAACUCGUGUAUAACUUUCGGAGCUUAAAAUCAUUUCCCCUACUACUUCUCAAAAGAAUCUCGUUUUCUCAGCUUCUAGUUUCCUACAGCUAAUCGUAUGCACUUAUCCGAGUUUCUUUAUUUUGCCUGUAUUUGUAUUUCGUAACUCAUGGAUAUGACAAUACAUUUUUCACUUUUUAA